AUGACGUUAUUGUGUUGGGCGGAAGUUGGUGAUAAAGAGAUUCUUGGACCAAAAGUAAUCCAAAAAACCACAAAAAAGAUAAGAACGAUCCAACAGAAGAUGAUAAAGGAUUUAGAUGGUCACAAAAGUUAUGUGGAUCAGCGUAGAAGGCCUUUGGAUUUUGAAGAGGGAAAUCAUGCAUUCUUAAAGGUUACCCCAAAGCUAGGACUAAAAGGAAUGUUCAAGACAAAGAAACUGAGCCAGAGAUAUAUUGGCCCAUAUGGUAUCAUAAGUUGGGUGGAUAGAGUGCCACCUUCACAAUUCGCGCUUCAUGAUGUAUUCCACGUGUCUCAGCUCAGGAAUUAUGUGCUCGAUUCUUUUCAAUUUAUCCUAUUGGAUAUAGUUGAAGUUGCAGAUGAUAUUUCCUUCCAACCUCAGUCUAUCCAUAUUGUAGAUUACCUAAUUAAGGUAUUAAGAAAUAAGGAAAUACCCCUCAUGAAGGUGUUGUGGGAGGAAUUGCAUAUGGGCGAAGCUAAUUGGGAGCUAGAAUCGAAGAUGCGAGCAAAGUAUACUCAUAUUUUCAAGUGA